AUGGAGCCGGAACGUUUGACUACGAACGUGCAAAGUUGCGAGCACAUCCCUCCCAAGAACAAACGACGGAGCACAUCUUACGACGACUCUAAAAGUCCGCACAAAAUUGGCCGCCAAUCCGACCAACAAACACCUGCGGACCCAUCGAAUGACAAACAGCAGCGAAAUCCGCUUCCAUCGCCACCGCCGACCAAGACGUUCCGGGAUCGAACGGGGUCUUCCCACAAUGACUCCUCGCCACAGAAGCGAAAAGCGAGAUCGCUCGACUAUAUCCCAUCGAACUCUCACCCAAUAAAGAGACCACGCGAACAAGCAACCCCCGUUGAGCCAAGUCCUUUCAUCGAGGAGUGGCUAUCUCAUCUCCCCGAGGGAGAGAAGUUCGCCCACGCUGGCGAAAACCCUAGCGAUAUGGGUCUACUUCCUCCAAAACGAUCGCGGUCGUCCGAUAGCCCCAGCCGCAUGCUGUCACAAUCAAAUGAAGUCACGGAGUCUCCAGUCUCAAGAGAAAAGAAAUACGCGGCGUACCGAGAUGAUAAUUAUUCCGUUGUGCUAGAGAUGAAGGGCAGUUUCAUGCGACCGUCGGAUGCCGGGCUUGUCGACGAGGAUAAGGCGUUAUGUGAAGAUCUCCUUCACAUCAGUCAACCCAGCCUGUCAAUCCACUAUUUGAUGAAGAAUUCGAUCGAUUUCAGACCCUUCUCUGCGGCAGAUCUAAAGCCCGAAUCUACCUCGAUCUACACCCCUGGGUGCCAUUCCGUUCUAUGGACCACGGCCGCAACCGGAUCACACCUAGGGUUCAAGUGGUCUAACUUUACCGAGACACAACGAAAGAAGCUCAGUAUCGACCCUAGCGAAAAGUCCUACUAUACCGCGCGGGAAGAUAUCUACUUCCCCUUCAUGACAAGCGAAGUUCAGUGUGGCGGUUGCCUGUAUCUGGCUGAUCUUCCCAAUACCCACAGCAUGACCAUUGCGCUUCGAGGUAUUGUUGACCUCUACCGGAAAGCCAACUGUGCAUCCGACGUGCAUAGGAGAGCUCUAGGUUUCUCAAUUUCGCACGAUGAGUAUUGUAUACGGAUCUAUGUCCAAUACCCCGAAAUUGACGGCGAGAAGACGACCUUCUGGCGUGAGACCAUCCAGCAGCACCCCCUUAAUUAUGGGAAGGGUCAAGCAAACUGGACGUGUGGCCAGUUUACCCUGAACGUAUGCCAGAUCUUUGCGCCGGCUCUUCUCGCGCGUCUAAAGGGUGUUAUAGAUCGAAUGGCAGAUCCCAUACACUCCGCGCUUGAACUUGCUGAUUUGGAUGAUCUCAGUGUCCAGAGUUCGCAGAACGACAGUAGCGCAGCCGAGUCUCAAGCUUCUGGCUUGCUUGCAGAGCUGCGGACUAUGGUACAUAAUCUGCAGCAACAAUUGGAACGAGAAAGGCAAGAGUCGGAGCAAGAGAGGAAAGAGUUGAUGAAACGGAUGGAGCAAGAGGGGAAAGUCAGAAAAGAGUUGACGAACCAGAUGGAGCAGCAACAAAAAGGUUCCGAACAGCAGCAGAGGGGGCUUUUGGAUUUGCUGAAACAGCAAAGCCAACAAAUAAGGGAAUUCUCGCAGAAACGUUAG